ACCGAAACGCGCCUACGCAUUCGUGGUGCACGUGCUGUCAUGGGCCGCACGAUCGUUUCCUUGUGCUAGAGUACACUUUACUUGUGCACCUGCCGUAUUGUUGUCGUGUGGUCGUUCUCUAGUACCCGCGUUCAGGUUUCUUGCUUUCCGUAGUUUGAGCAGUUCAGUGGUAGUUUGAGGUGCCAUCUCGCCGAAGAUUCAAAGCGCAAUGCCAAAGGCUAAUCAAGCAGAGAAAAAGAGGCGCAUACAAGCCAGAACGUCGAGGCCAGUGCAUCCAAACAGCCGAAAGGCUCAGCAGAUGGCUAGGAAGAAAAUUCACAACAGCAAAAUCACUACUAGAAAAAAGCAGUUGGCACUCAAGCUGAAGAACAAGCUCGAGAAGCUUGCCUGGUUUCGCGAGAACCUUUCGACCGUUGAGGCUGACCGACUGUCCCCAGCAGAGUUUGACGCGUUGAUUGAAAGGUACUUUCGGCGUUUUGACGGGGAGCUUGAGCACGUCGAUAACAUCGAACGCAUCCGUGGCACCGUCACUCAGUUCAAAGGGCGGUUAGAUGCCAUCAAGAUCACCCUUGAGAAUGAAAUCCGAAAUUACAAUUCAUGUGGCAUUGAAGCACCAGACUUGCUCUCGCCAGAUGCUUUCAAGCUCUUCGUGGAGUGGGAUGGAAGCUCCGUGAAUUACCUGCCAAAAAUAGACAUGCGUACGAUCUCCAAGGCCAUGCUGGAACGACUGGCACUCCAAUGAAAGAGAAAAUAUUUUUAAUUUGUUGAGACUGUUAUAUCUGUAUUUAUUUAAGCUUGCAAAUGUGCUGUAUAAAUGUGCUUCACAAA